GGUCAAAAUGAGAACAUGAGAACGAGAUUUAAAAAAAGGAUUGACAUAGAAUUUUUUUAUAUACAAGGUAUUUCAUUUUACUCAAUUUCACUCUAGCUUUUGUUUUGAUUUUAGAAAUUAUUGUAUCUGUCCCCAAUUUCUCCUCGAUUUUGGUCAAAGUACCCAAAAUUGGUUGACCAUAUCCAGUACAAAUUCUACACCCACAUCCAUACACACAUCCUAUUGACAAGAGUACGGCACUAGAAGUUGAGUCUGAGCAACUUAGGUCAAAACGUAAGUCUUAUUUUAGAUUCGAGAACAUAUGGCUCUCUAUCGAGGGAUUCAUUGAUAGGAGCUGGAUUCAUUGAUAGGGUAGCUCCUGGUACGGAUGGUCAUACCAUGGUAGGCUCUGAUCAAGAUGGUCACACCACACUCGAGCUUGGUCCGGAUGGUCACACCAUGGUACUCUUCCAAAAGUGUUAGCCAUUUAUCAAUGGAUUUGAUUGGAACUUUUGGUAAUUUUUGCAGAGAAGAAUAUUUUUUUCAAAGCUUGAAUGCUAUAUUUAGUUCACUGUUCCCUAAAAACGAAAGUGCUAUAGAGUUAGAGGAUUUUAGACCGAUAAGCUUGUUGGAAGUGUGUGAGAGAUAAUAACUAAAGUUCUCAAUGAAAGAUAAAGGCAUUGAUUGCAAAUUAGUGUUAAACCUUCAAAUUCUUUUGUAAAACGUAAACAUAAUAAAUUCUGGUAGCUAAUGGAUGUGUUGAUGCAAGGGAAUGAUUGGGAGAAAAGGAAUUUUAUCCAAGCUAGACUUGGAGAAAGCAUAUGGUCACUUUGUGCAACCAGGCUUUGUAAGAGCCACUAGGCUUUGUGCAACAAUGGAUUUGGUCAUUGAUGUAUAACUAUGAUCAAAUUCUCAAUAAUGAUAAAUGGUACACUAGUGGAAUUUUACCUGCAUAGAAAGGAUUGAGACAAGAAAAUCCACUAUAUCUUUCCUGUUUCUUCUAGUUAUGGAAGUAUUAAAAAGAAUGCUUGCCGAAGCAGCAAAGGAAGGUUGAAUAAAAUGCUCAAGUGCCCCCACCAUAGCACAAAAAGUAUGGAGGCGACUCACAUUUUUUAUGUGGAUGAUAAACUAGUAAAACGUGGAGCUGAUUAAAUCCAACCAAGGCCUUUAAGGCGGUAUUACUUAGCGUUUGAGGUUGUAAUUGGACUACAUAUCAACCCUUCUAAAAGCAGCUUGCACAUUCUUUAUACGGAUGAUAAACUAGUAUUAUGUGAAGCAGAAGGAAGUCAACUAAGACAUUUAAGGUGGUAUUACUAGCUUUUGAGGUUUUAUUGGACUACAUGUCAACCCUUCUAAAAGCAGCUUGUUCCCGUUAAAUGAGGUUAAAAAUAUACAUCCACAAGCUGCUAUUCUACGUUGUAUGGCGGAAAGCUUCCCUACUACGUACUCUGAGGCAUUUUUUAUGUGGAUGAUAAACUAGUAUAAAGAGGAGCUGAAGAAAUCCAACCAAGGCAUUUAAGGUGUUAUUGCUAGCCUUUGAGGUUGUAAUUGGACUACACGUCAACCCUUUCUAAAAGCAGCUUGCACAUUCUUUAUACAGAUGAUAAACUAGUAUAAUGUGGAGAUGAAGAAAGUCAAUUAAGGCAUUUAAGGUGGUAUUACUAGCCUUUGAGUUUGUAAUUGGAGUACAUGUUCUAAAAGCAACUUGUUUCCGUUGAAUGAGGUUAAAAAUAUACAUCCACUAGCUGCUAUUCUAGGUUGUAUAACGGAAAGCUUCCUUACUACGUACUCUGAGGACCAAAGAUAUGCGGGAGAAAUUUGAUACGAUGUGAUUAACAAAUUUGAGAAAAAGGCUUACUGGCUAGAAAAACUAUACUUACCAUCAGUAGUGUGCUACUUGGGAUCCUAACAUAUCAAUUGUCUUUUCACCAGGCUUUUGCAAAAGGUCCUAAAAUAGAUGAACAAGUUAAGUAGGAACUUCCUGCGGGAUUCAGAAACAUAUAAGAUGCACUCGGUCAAGGGGAGCAUAGAGGUAAACCUAAAAGAUGGGGAGGAUCGGGAGUGAAGAAUUUAAAGUUACACAAUAAAAGGGAAGUCAUUGUGUCCAAAUAUGGAAUGGAAGGUCCCGGAGGACCAAGAUAUCAUGGCGAAUGAGUAUCAAUUGCCUUUCAAGGUGGGGCAAUCUGCUGAAUCAAGGUCUUUCCAAAGUGGAUUUCGUAGUGCAUGGUUUCGGUGUAAGAUAAAGGAGAUUAGCCACAAAAGAGGACAUUGGAAUGCGCUAUUGGAAUACUUUGAUUAUCCAGAUGAAAAACUGACUUGGAUGAAGCUGUACCAAGUGCCCCCAUAUAAUAUUGGGAAGUCGAAGGAGAAAAAGCAACUAAUGCUGCGUCCGCAGUAUCCUCCAGUCAAGCUUAAAAAUGAAGUUUCAGGUGUUAGUUCAAUUUCUGAUGCUAUGAUAGUUGUAGAUGGUAAUUGGAAGGCAGGUGAUAUGGUUGAUUGGUGGGCUAAUGGCUGUUAUUGGUCUGGGCAAUUGAUAAAGUUACUUGGCAACAGUAAAGCUGAGAUGGCAUUGACACCACCUCCUAUUGGUGAAGGUGCACUUUAUGAAAUUCAUUUCAAGGAUUUACGCCCAUCCUUAGAUUGGUCCCCUAAUUUUGGUUGGACUGUUCCUGCAUCCCAGGAUGGUGAUAGUGUCCGUCGAUGUGCUCAACUAAUUCAACCUGUCAACCAAGCCCUUGGUCGCUUUCCAGCUUUGGAAAUACAUUCCAUGAGUGAAGGGAGAAAGGAGAGCCAAGCAACAGCUGGAUCUUCAUCAAAUCUGUCUUCAUCUACUAAUUUAUCUGCAAACUCGCUACCAGGCUCAGACGAAAAGAAGGAUUUUAAAACCACAGAGUUAGCAGAACAAUCCUCGAUCGUUGACCUUCCAAAGGAAGCUGCGAACACAUCAACGAAUAGACGGUCAGAUAUUAGUUCUGGUUCUCAUUUGGGAGAUAAAUUGGCAAAGGGAGCCAGUUGGUCAGAUAAUGGCUCUACUUCCUGUAUUGCAAUUGAUCCAGCAAAAACUGCUGACACAACUGAAAACUUUUACCUUUCCAAUUGUCCUUUGAAGAAGUUUAGAACCAGUGAUGGCGUUCGGUUACAUUCAAUGAGUUCUGACUCGACGGAGGCAGCGAUUUUGGAUUUGGAGGAACUUGCAAACAAAAUUAAAUGGCUGAAAGGGCUGCUUGAGUUCGGAAAACCCGUGUCUAAUGCUAGCAGGCCUUCAUGGAAGUUCGUGGAACAUCAAUAAAUGAUGGUUUCAGAAUAUGCAAGUGUCAUCCUAUGGCUCUCGAGAAGUGAAGUCUUAACACUUCUACGCCUUUGGAUCGUCUAGUGCAAGUUUUAUGCACCUUCAAUAAUUCAAAAAGUUGUGCUGACUUGAAAUUUGACUCGUCCCAUAUUAAGGUUUCAAGUCUAGUCAGAUCAUGCAGACAGACAACGAAGGCAGGAUUUGAAGUUUGAGCUCGGAACACUUUUAAGUUACUGGGUUCUAAAUUAACAAUUUCUACGUAUUAAAUGAAUUUCUUAAGACAAAUAUUGAUUUUGGACCAAAGUGACUAGGUUCGGGCGAAACUGUACCAUUAAUACUAGCUCCGCCACUGCAUGCAGAGAUUAGUGCCAAGCCAGUAUAGCUCAACUUGAUAUUUUGGCUUCCUCAGAUAUGAUUUAAAGAUGCACCGAAGAGCACUUGGUUAUCUGCUUUGUUUGUAGCAUUGACGAGUCGAUAAUAUGCACCAGUGAGUAAUUUCUGCUGUCUUAAUAAGUAUACAAGUUCAGUUGGAUCACAGGUAUUUUGUGGCCAAUUGUUUGCUGCUCUGCCUUUGUAUCUGCUGUGGCCAGCUGCUUUCUGCAACACUUUGUUAAUCAGUGCUUUGUUCCACUGAAGAACAAGCUUGUAUAGUUGUAUAUUAGACUCACUCAUUUAAAGGCCUGAGGUCAAAGUUUGUUUUCAAAUUUUUACAUCUUUUUACACCAUAUGUAAGACAAAUUUGGGUUAUUCUACUUCUGUAACUUGAUAUAUUGCACUAAGACUCGGUUCUUUUCAAUAAAAGCGUUUUUUCACUCA